AUGGCAUUCGAGCUCACCAAUGCUUUACAUCUCGCAUCUACGGCUUGCGCCUCGGCGUUCAUAUUAUCUGUUUCGAUUCGUUUGUGGAAACUUCGCACCUUCGGCAUCCGAACUGCCGCAAGCUGGCAGAGACUCCUGAAGGCCGCUUUUGCACUAUUGCUUUCAAUUGUCUUGUUUGCAUACUGGACCAAAGGUUCGAGCUUCGAUCUCCAGCAUGAACAAAGUUCUCAACUGUCCCUGCUGAUCUCUACGAUUGCGGCGUUGGGCCUAAGUUUGUUGCUGUUCAUAGAACAGCAGCGACCUCUCCAGAUUUCAGAUGGGAUCACGCGGUACCUUUUCGCCUCUGUCAUCUGCGAUCUUGUCUAUCUCACCGUUACUCACAAUGUCGCUGGACAUGGAGAUGUCUCUUGGCCAAUUUUCGUCCGCUGCUCCAUGCAAUCUAUCUUGCUGUCUUUCGAAUACAGAGCGCGGCGUACCGUCGUUGUGGUCAGCAGCAAUCACAAAUACCGUCAAGGGUCUCCAGGGGUUCUGAGUCGGCUGUUCUUCUGGUGGAUGAUACCUAUUUUGCUUCAAGGUCAUCGGAACAUCUUUACUCAAGAGGAUAUGCCACCCCUCGACCAAGACAUGAUGCCAGAACUCACAAGAAGAGCGAUGAUUGAGACUUGGUCUCAACGAGAUAAACCUGAAACACCUAGAACAUUACCCAUGGCUUUGCUGAGAUGCCUAAGAUCCCCAUUCUUAGCCGCCAUCCCACCAAGGCUUUUGUUGGUCAUCUUCCGUUAUUCUCAACCCAUCCUGAUUCAUCGAUCAAUACAAUAUGCCACAGCUGGUCCUGAGGCAUCCGAGAUUUCCAACGGGUACUGGCUCGUCGUUUGUGCCGUGGUGAUAUAUGUCGGCAUUGCGGUGUCGAAUGCUGCGUACCAGAAUGCCCUAAAUCGACUCAAAUUAAUGUCUAGAAGUGCUCUAGUAGGGCUCAUCCAUGAACAUACCAUGAAGCUGGCCAGUGUUGCAUAUGACAAUGGUGCGGCUACUACACUGAUGAGCACUGACGCUGAUAGCCUCGAAGGGAUUGGAGAAAUGAUUCACGAAAUCUGGGCUCAGGUGGUAGAAGUGCUCAUUGGGACGUGGCUUCUGGCUGGUCAGGUCGGGCGGUUUUGGCCCCUGACCUUUGUUCUCAUUUACUUGUGUUCCCACAUGAGUCGGUUUGUUGCCCAACAUUUGCAUCCUGGACAAACGGCCUGGAAUAAUGCAACGCAAUAUCGUAUAGCAGCUACGAGUUCAGUCCUGAAGGCUAUGAAAAUCGUAAAGAUGCUGGGGUACCAGGACUAUAUGAGUACUCGUAUUCAGUCCCUCCGGGCCUUGGAGCUUCAUCUAGCCUCAAAACUAAGAUGGAUCAUGGUAUACUACAAUGCGUCCGCAAACGCACUCGGCAUUUUCUCCCCGGCCAUUACUUUGCUCGUAUUCGCAAUGAAUGCUGCGUCUCACGGCCGCAAGCUAGACACGGAGACCGCAUUUACCACUAUAGCCAUCUUGAGCAUGAUUACACAUCCUGCAAAUAUGGUAAUGACCAUUGUGCCCCGAGUAGUAGGGGCUAUGGCUGGUUUCGAUCGGAUUCAAACAUUCUUACUUCGGCUACCGUUGGAGGUCCAUCGUCGAACGCUACCCCAAAUAAGAUCCACAAACCUUGUGUGGAAUUCAGCAACGCGUCAAGCAAUGUCGGCCGGUCCCGAUGUUCAAAUUCGUCAAGUACAGAUAGGUGACUCACAGGUUCUCCUGGAGAACAUCAACCUCGAUAUUGCCGCUGGCACAUUGACAAUUAUAUCUGGACCUACAGGUAGUGGCAAAUCAACGCUGCUACGAUUGAUACUUGGAGAAGUAGCACCUGCUCGUGGUUCGGUUUCAGUAUCGACAACCCACAUGGCAUACUGCGCCCAGACACCAUGGCUUCCUAACGGCACAAUAAAACAGGUCAUCCAUGGGUCGAGCGAUCUACAUGAUGAGCAGUGGUAUGGUGAAGUUGUAAAUGCGUGUUGUCUCAGUCAUGACUUAGGGGCACUUGUCAAUGGUGAUCAGACUGAGGUUGGCAGUAGGGGACUCAAUCUAUCAGGAGGUCAGAGACAACGCGUUGCACUCGCUCGCGCAUUGUAUGCAAGACUCAGCGUGAUACUACUUGACGAUACCUUUAGUGGUCUAGACGGAGAGACUGAACGGACUGUUUUCCACAACCUCUUCGGACCUUCCGGUAUGCUCAAAAGGUUGGGCACCACGGUGAUUCUUGUCUCUAAUUCCGCCCAGUACUUCGCCAGUGCGGACUAUGUAGUGAUACUGAGCGAUCAUACGAUCACUGAUCAGGGCACCUGGCAGAACAUCAAGACUAAAACUUCAUCAAUCAUGAAGUUCGAUUCUGGAAAUUCCACAAAACCAAGCGUUGCAUUAUCAGCAAAUUUCAACAGGCUCAGUGCUCAGCUUCGGGCUAAGGAGGAGACAGAACUAGAUUUGGCAAGACAGACCGGCGAUACAGCUCUAUACGGAUACUACCUAGGUUUCGUCAAGUUUGUGAACAUCUUCUACCUUGUCUGCGACACAUCUAUAUAUUCUUUCUGCAUCACGAUGCCACAGUACUGGCUUCGUCUGUGGACCGAGGUGGGUAAUAGUACCACGACAUACUAUAUCAUGGGCUACAUAUGCUUCUCCGUGGUGUCAUGGGUAACCACAAGUGCUCAAGCCUGGGUCGUCCUGAUGCGACUUGCUCCUCAAUCGGGAGCCGGAAUACAUGAUCGUCUAUUGAAGAUCAUUAUGAGUGCUCCAUUAUCUUUCUUCUCAACCACAGACAAUGGUUCGAUCCUAAAUAGAUUCAGUCAAGAUAUUCAACUCAUCGACAAACAGCUACCCUCGGCGCUACAGACUAUCGUCACUCAGGUGUGCAAGCUCGCCAUGCAGAUAAUAGUACUUUGCACGGCUGAAAUAUGGCUUACGAUUUUGUUCCCAAUUUGCAUUCCAUUGAUUUACAUUGUACAAAAAGUCUAUCUUCGAUCAUCACGGCAACUGCGUUACUUGGAACUGGAGGCCCGAGCCAGCGUGUUUUCAAGCUUUCUUGAGUCUGUUGAAGGCCUCGAAACGAUACGCGCUUUUGGUUGGUCCAAAGCCAUUACCCGGGCCAAUGUCCGCAGCGUCGAACAUUCCCAGCGCCCAGAGUUCCUACUUUUGUGCCUGCAGAGAUGGUUGAACCUCGUACUGGAUCUCCUAGUCGCGGGCGUGGCUACAAUGUCGAUCAUCAUAGCUGUAGUUCUGCGAGAGUAUGUCAGUGGGGCACAAGUCGGAAUUGCUCUCAACAUUAUGCUCGUCGCAAAUACAACACUACUCAAGCUUGUGGAAAACUGGACGAUCUUUGAAAUUUCGCUCGGCGCAAUUUCUCGCCUGAAAACACUUCAAAACACAACUCCUGUUGAGGGUGGACUGAGUUGGGGCUUUGAGCCGCCUCAAAAUUGGCCCUCCGCUGGACGCGUCGAAUUUCAAGGCAUAACUGCCGCCUAUCACUCCGAUUCUGCUGCGAUUGUAAAUUUCAGCCUCGAUAUUAGCCCAGGCCAGAAGCUCAUCGUCUGCGGCCGUACAGGCAGUGGAAAGAGUACAUUGCUAUUGACGCUUCUGAGGCUUCUGGAGUUGCAAUCUGGCAAGAUUAUGCUAGAUGGGAUAGAUAUAAGCCGCGUCAGGCUUGAUCUGCUACGGCAACGAUGCUUCAUUGCAGUGACGCAAGAUGCCUUGCUUCUACCAGAAGAAACCUUGCGCUUUAACCUGAAUCCAGAUUGCUCCGUCACGGACAAAGAGUUGAUUGAUGCACUAAGUAAAACGGGCCUUUGGUCACACUUUGCGGGGAGCGAGAAGAGUGUGGAAAGAGGCCUGUUGAUUUCCAGCGUUGGUGAGCAUCCGGUACUCGAUCAAAAGAUGUCGGCAUUUCAGAACCUGUCUGCGGGACAAUGCCAAUUACUCUCAAUCUGCCGAGCUCUCGUCAAAGCUGGCGGGCUGCGAGCAGCAGGACUGACGCCAGUGGUUGUGCUAGACGAGAUUACGUCGUCUCUUGAUACCACAACAGAGUCAAACAUCUACCGCAUCAUUGACGAGGAAUUCACACAGAAUGGCCACACUGUGGUAAUCAUUGCUCAUAGGCUGGAUAACCUGCGCACAAAGAUGGGUAGAGACGCAGUGGUACUGAUGGCAGAUGGUACAAUGCAGGAAGUGAGACGGGACUUGGUGCCGUCCACCAUUUCUCAGUUGACAGGACUGGGAUAA